AUGGAUAACAAAGAACAACAAAAAGCUCAUAGACCACGUCAAGCUGGCUCAAAAAAGGAUAAGAAAUCUAAAAAGCAAAAGAAAAAUGAAGAGAAAAAUAAUCCAAAGGCUUUUGCUCCGUUCUCUGGAAGAAAAGCUGAAAAACUUGCUAGACGCAAACAAGAAUUGGAUCAAAAGAAACUUCAUGUCCCUCUUGUUGAUAGGACUCCAACAGAGCCACCUCCUGUAAUUGUUGCUGUAGUAGGACCUCCACAGAGAUACACGAAACACAACCUUACAGAAAUAAAAGGACCCAUUACGGUCGUGAGUGGUAAAAAAAGACGAUUAACCUUUAUAGAAUGUACAAAUGAUAUGAAUUGCAUGAUUGAUAUAGCUAAAAUCGCAGAUUUGGUGUUGUUAUUAAUUGAUGCUAGUUUUGGUUUUGAGAUGGAAACAUUUGAAUUCCUUAAUAUUUUACAAACUCAUGGAUUUCCAAAAAUUAUGGGAGUUCUCACACAUCUGGAUAAAUUCAAAAAUAAUAAGACACUUAGAACAACUAAAAAACGAUUAAAACAUCGUUUUUGGACGGAAAUUUAUCAGGGCGCCAAGCUUUUUUAUUUAUCAGGAAUAAUUAAUGGUCGAUAUCCAAAUCAAGAAAUUCAAAAUCUUUCUAGAUUUAUUUCUGUAAUGAAGUUUAGACCGUUAAUAUGGAGGAAUACACACCCUUAUUUGGUUGCUGAUCGUGUAGAAGAUUUAACUGAUCCCGAAGAAGUUAGACUCAAUCCUUUAUGUGAUAGGACUGUUACUUUAUAUGGAUAUUUACGUGGAACAAAUAUGAAAUCCACCAUGAAGGUUCAUAUACCAGGUGCUGGUGAUCAAAUUCUGUCAGACAUUUCCAUACUGCCAGAUCCAUGUCCGUUACCUGAUAAAGUGCGAAAGAGUCUUAGUGAAAAGCACAAGGUUAUUUACGCACCUAUGUCCGAUGUCGGUGGAAUCAUGUACGAUAAAGAUGCUGUGUAUAUUAAUAUUCCUGGAAGUUUCACAAGGAAAUCUGAUCAAAUCGAUACAGAAGUUGAUGAUAAUGGACCAGAAUAUGAGCAAGGUCCUGGAGAGAAAAUGGUCAUACAUUUACAAGAUGCUCCAGAUACACUUGCAGAUAAAUUAGAAGAAAGUGAACUUACAAUUUUUGCAAAUUCCGCUCCGAUGAAAGCUUCAGAUUUAGUUGAAGAAGUUAAUUCUGGAUCGAUAGAUUCUAAACAAAUAGAUGAGAAUAUUCGUGGUCGUCGUAAGGUUAGGUUUGCAGAUGAUGUUAAAAAACAUGAUGGUGGUGAACAAGAAACGGAUUCAGAUGAAGAGUCCGAUUUUGAAGAAGAUUACGAUGAAUUUGAAGAGAAGUGGGAAAAAGUUGCUAGUAGAAGUUUUGCUUUCAAUAGAGUUAAUAUGAAGAAUCCAGAAAUUAACGACGAAGAGAUCGCAUAUGCCGAAAGCGACAGCGAUAUAGAAGAUAUUUUAGGUCAAGGCGUGGAUGAUGACCCGGCUCUUGAUGGGUCAUUAAAAUGGAAAUCUAAUUUGGCCGAAAAAGCAAAAAAGAUGUUCUUUUCUAAUCGUAGAAUUAAUAUUAUGCAAUUAAUUUAUAGUAAUGAAAAAACGCCGGAAGAAAUUGCAUCUGGGAAAUUUUCUGAUUUAUUAAAAGUUGAAGCAGCAUCUAAUGAAAAAGACAAUGUAGAAGAGGAGGAAAACGAUGAGGAAUUUUUCAAGAUUAUAAAAUCUCAAGAUAAAGAUUCUGAAUCUAUGAAUACUAUUGAUUCCACCAAAACUUAUUUAGACAUAAGUAAUCUCGAUAAAUGGGACGACGAAGUAAUGUUAGAAUCUAUUAGAAAUAGAUUCAUUACAGGCAGUCUUGAAGAUGAUUCUUCUGUGGGAGAAAAUGACAGUUCAGAUAAUGAAGUUCAUGGGGACUUUGAGGAUCUUGAAACUGGUGAAGUGGUAAAAGUUGAGGGAUCAAAAAAAUCCGAAAAUGAAAUUGAGCAAGAAGCUCUUGCACAAAAAAGAGCUUUGUUAAAGAAAAAAUUUGAUGCGGAAUAUGAUGAAAAGGAUGGUACCCCCAAGGUUGACUUUUAUGAUGAGAUUAAAGAGGGAAUUUCUAAGCAAUUACAACUUAACCGUGAAGAGUUUGAAGAUGAUGAUUCUCAUACAAGAGCUAUGGUUGAAGGAUUUCGACCUGGUACUUAUGUUCGAAUAUUACUCAGGAGAAUGCCAUGUGAAUUUGUGAAAUAUUUUGAUCCGGCAUAUCCUAUCAUAGUUGGAGGUCUAUUAGCAACUGAAGAAAAUUUAGGAUUUAUACAGGUUCGUAUAAAGCGACACCGAUGGCACAAAAAGAUCUUAAAGACUAAAGAUCCCCUUAUAUUCUCACUUGGAUGGAGACGAUUCCAAUCAAUGCCUAUUUACACUUUGAAUGAUGGGACAAGAAACAGAAUGCUCAAAUACACUCCAGAACAUAUGCAUUGUCUAGCCACAUUUUAUGGACCUAUUCAUCCGCCUAAUACUAGUUUUUGCGCAGUGCAAUCUGUCUCUAAUGAUAAUGCAGCUACAUUUAGAAUAAGCGCCACUGGAGUAGUACUUGAUAUUAAUCAUUCUGUUGAGAUUGUUAAAAAAUUGAAAUUGACAGGUGCUCCUUACAAGAUUUUUAAGAAUACAGCUUUCAUAAAAGAUAUGUUUACUUCUGCGUUAGAAGUGGCAAAAUUUGAAGGAGCUGCGAUUCGAACCGUAUCAGGAAUUCGUGGUCAAGUGAAAAAACCGAUAACGAAACCUGAAGGUCACUUUCGCGCUACUUUUGAAGAUAAAGUGUUAAUGAGUGAUAUUAUAUUUUUACGAGCUUGGUACCCAAUCAUCCCAAAGAAAUUUUAUAAUCCUGUGACAUCAUUAUUGUUAUCAUCCAAGAAAGAGUGGCAAGGCAUGAGGUUAACGGGACAAAUCCGCAAAGAAUUGGAACUUACCCCACCAAUAAAUCCAGAUUCUCAGUAUAAGAAAAUCGAACGGAAAGCUCGUCGUUUCAAUCCUUUACAUAUUCCAUUAUCUUUACAAGCAAAUUUACCUUUUGCAAGUAAACCAAAAAUACUUAAAAAGAGAACUAAACAAACAUAUUUACAAAAACGAGCUGUUGUAUUAGAACCAAAAGAAAAGAAAAUGUAUACACUUAUGCAACAAAUUAAUACCUUAAAGAAAGAAAAGGAUAGAAAGCGUAAGGAAAAACAAGUCAAAAAACAUCACGAAUACGCCAAGAAAAUGGCCAAACGAGAUACUAUAUUGGCCGAAAAGGAUAAGAAAGAAAGAAGAGAAUAUUUUAGAAAACAAGGUUUAUUACAAAAAAGAAGUGCUACGUAUUCUGAAGGUUCAUCCAAAAGAUCUAAAACCAGUUAG